AUCUGGCGCCGCGUUCCAUCAGCCUGCAGUGUCGACGCUUUAGGAGAGGCAGUUAGAAAAGGAGAGAUACAUAUCUCUCAGCCCCAGAGCAGCACUCGUGGUGCCUGUCUAGACUGUGACAGGUGGAGCUGCUGGGCUAACUGCGGAUCUGAUGGGGAAGUUUUCCUUGGCUUUCACGUGGCUUUGGCUGGGGAGCCCUGAGAAAGUGGCUGCCUCCUUUUUCUUAAGCCUGGCUUCCCACAGGGCAGUGGCUAGGGGAGAGUGAUGGAGAGAAAGGCUAAGUUAAGGGCCAAAGAAAGUGGAGGAAGGCUGGCUUGUCCCGCUGGACUUCACGGCGGAGCUGCUGCAAUCUCGCAGGCUGGGCUCCUGCCCCAGGUGGACCCGAGUGCCUGCGGGGAGGCGGGUGUGGCUCCUCCGGGAGGUGACAGCUGGAGGGGCCCGUACGGAUCUGGUCUGCUCCGGCUCUCCUGUCGUAGCCGGCGCCCUGGGACCGGCGCAUGAGCACGUCUCGGAGGAGCCCGAUGCGCUGGGUAGGGCCGGGUGGUCACCCCCGCCCCGCUUCCAGGGGUGACUGUGCCUCUGACGUCAGACGGCUUUUGGGUCAUUCCUUGGCACCAGGACUUUAUUUUCAUAACAGCAUGAAGUGCCGUGAAACUGGAAUAGGCGUGUCCUCUGCCUGGACCCUCCCCCGCCCCUUGUCCCUCUGCUCACCCCUCGCUCCUUCCCUCCCUCCGGCGAGGGCCGCCUUUAUAACAACUGCUCGGAGCGGGAGAGCGGGAUAGCUGUCCGAGGGCGCCCCCAGCACUGAGGAGCUCGCCUGCUGCCCUCUUGCGCGCGGGAAGCGGCACCAAGUUCACGGCCAACGCCUGGGCGCUAGGGUCCAGAAUGGCUACAACAGUCCCUGAUGGUUGCCGCAGUGGCCUGAUAUCCAGGUACCACAGACUUUGUGAUAAGGCUGAAGCUUGGGGCAUCGUCCUAGAAACGCUGGCCGCAGCCGGGGUUGUGACCUCGGUGGCCUUCAUGCUUGCUCUCCCACUCCUCGUCUGCAAGGUGCAGGACUCCAACAGGCGAAAAAUGAUCCCGACUCAGUUUUUCUUCCUCCUGGGUGUGCUGGGCAUCUUUGGCCUCACCUUCGCCUUCAUCAUCAGACUGGACGGGAGCACGGGACUGGACGGGAGCACGGGGCCCACACGCUUCUUCCUCUUUGGCAUCCUCUUCUCCAUCUGCUUCUCCUGCCUGCUGGCUCAUGCCCUCAAUCUGACCCAGCUCGUCCGGGGGAGGAAGCCCCUCUCCCUGUUGGUGAUUCUGGGUCUCGCCGUGGGCUUCAGCCUCGUCCAGGAUGUCAUCGCUAUUGAAUAUAUUGUCCUGACCAUGAAUAGGACCAACGUCAAUGUCUUUUCUGAGCUUUCCGCUCCUCGUCGUAACGAAGACUUUGUCCUCCUGCUCAUCUACGUCCUCUUCUUGAUGGCGCUGACCUUCCUCAUGUCCUCCUUCGCCUUCUGUGGUUCCUUCACGGGCUGGAAGAGACAUGGGGCCCACAUCUACCUCACGAUGCUCCUCUCCAUUGCCAUCUGGGUGGCCUGGAUCACCCUGCUCAUGCUUCCUGACUUUGACCGCAGGUGGGAUGACACCAUCCUCAGCUCUGCCUUGGCUGCCAAUGGCUGGGUCUUCCUGUUGGCUUAUGUUAGUCCUGAGUUUUGGCUGCUCACAAAGCAACGAAACCCCAUGGAUUAUCCUGUUGAGGAUUCUUUCUGUAAACCUCAACUCAUGAAGAAGAGCUAUGGUGUGGAGAACAGAGCCUACUCUCAAGAGGAAAUCACUCAAGGUUUUGAAGAGACAGGGGACACGCUCUAUGCCCCCUAUUCCACACAUUUCCAGCUGCAGAACCAGCCUCCCCAAAAGGAAUUCUCCAUCCCACGAGCCCACGCUUGGCCGAGCCCUUACAAUGACUACGGAGGAAAGAAAGAGGGCAGCUAACUCUGUCCUGAAGACUGGGACAAACACAGCUGGGCGGCAGAUCCAGCGGGAGCUCAAAGGGAUGUGGGCGAAAUCUUGAGUCUUCUGAGAAAACUGUACAAGACGCUACGGGAAGAGCUUGCCUCCCUCCCACGUCAACCACAAUUCUUCCAUGCUGGGGCUGAUGUGGACUAACACGACUCCAGUUCUUAGCGGCCUGUGGUGGUUUUUUUUUUUUUUUUUCCUCAUCCUUAGGAUACUUCUUUUAAGUGGGAGUCUCAGGCAACUCAAGUUUAGACCCUUACUCUUUUUGUUUGUUUUUUGAAACAGGAUCUUGCUCUGUCACCCAGGCUUGAGUGCAGUGGUGUGAUCACAGCCCACUGCAGCCUUGACCUCCCAUGCUCAAGCAGUCCUCCCAUCUCCGCCUCCCAAAGUGCUGGGGCUACAGGCAUGAGCCACAGCUCCCGGCCUAGACCCUUACUCUUGCUGUUACUUUCCAUGGACUAAAGGUCUGGUCAUCUGAGCACACGUUGGCUCACACAGCUCUAGGGGCCUGCUCCUCUAAGUCACAGUGGCUUUUGUGAGGAUUGCUUGGCCCAGAGCAGACCUGCACACCUGAACAAAAACAGCACAGGCCUGUCUCUCAACCCACUGGCCUGAAUCUACACUGGAACCAACUUGCUGGCACCCCCGCUCCCCAACCCUUCUUGCCUGGGUAGGCAAGGCUAAAAGAUCACCCUACAUUUACUCAUCUCUCUGGUGCUGCCCCACAUUGGGCCUCAGCAGCUCCCCAGCACCAAUUCACAGGUCACCCCUCUCUUCUUGCACCGUCCCCAAACUUGCUGUCAAUUCCCAGAUCUAAUCUCCCCCUACGCUCUGCCAGGGGUUCUUUCAGACCUCACUGGCACAGGCCCAGUUGCUCCUUGUCAGGAGAAUUUGCAGAUCAUUCUUACUCUAAAUUCCUGGGGCUGAUACUUCUCUGUCUUGCACCCCAGCCUCUGUAAAUAGAUUUACCGCAUUCACGGCUGCAUUCUGUAAGUGGGCGUGGUCUCCUAACAGAGGAGUGUUCAUUGUGUAAUAAGUUAUUCACCUGAGUAUGCAAUAAAGAUGUGGUGGCCACUGUUUCACGGUGAUGGCAGCAGUUA